AUGGCAGUGCAUGUGGCUGGACUUGUGGCUGUGGCUGCCUUUUACAUUGUUAUCCUGCUAACUGGGAUAUUGGCAUCACGCAAAUCCAAAAAAGUGGAGAAGAAAUGCACAGGCAAAAAGAGCGAAGUGGCCAUCGUUGGGGGCCGAAACAUAAAUGUCCUGAUUGGCGUUUUUACAAUGACGGCAACAUGGGUUGGAGGAGGUUACAUUAUGGGGACUGCUGAGGCUGUGUACUCACCAGCCCAAGGUCUCGUCUGGGCUUUUGGCCCUCCUGCGUAUCUUAUAAACUUUCUUUUAGGAGGAUUGUUUUUUGCCAAACAAAUGAGGUCAAAACGCUACGUGACCAUGUUGGAUCCAUUUCAGAAUCGCUAUGGCCAGUUUUUCACUACAGCAAUAUUGAUUCCUGCUAUACUUAGUGAUAUUUUGUGGGUUGCCUGCAUCCUGGCUGCUCUAGGGGGGACGAUGAAAAUUAUCCUUGAACUAUCAACUACAAUCUCCAUCUUGAUCUCUGCGGCGGUCUCUAUCAUAUACACUUUUUUAGGUGGCCUCUAUGCUGUUGCGUACACCGAUAUCAUCCAACUAGCCUUCAUUUUUAUUAGUCUGUGGCUCUGUAUUCCCUUUUUGAUUCUCAGUCCUGUGGUGACUGACCUGGCACAAACAGCUCAUUUCAACCAGUCAAGCGGCCACUCAUGGAUAGGAGAAGUGAAGUUUGAAGACUCAGGAAAAUGGACAGAUGACUUUCUAGUGUUGGCUUUAGGAGGACUGGCUUACCAGUCUUUCCACCAAAGGAUCCUUGCAGCAGCCUCCUCAUCCAAGGCACAGGUUACCUGCUUUGCUGCUGCUGGCCUUUCUUUUAUUAUGGGAAUUCCCUCUGUGAUCGUCGGUGCCGUGGCUGCAUCUGCAGACUGGAACCAGACAGAAUAUGGUCUACCCCCACCUUAUGAGCGAGGGGAGGCAGGGAAUGUCCUGCCGCUGGCUCUUUGCUACAUCACACCCACCUGGGUGUCAGUGUUAGGCAUUGGCGCUAUAGCAGCAGCAGUUAUGUCCUCCAUGGACUCAACAUUGCUGUCAUCAGCAUCCAUGUUCACACAAAACAUAUACAAGACGACUUUCAGAAAGCAGGCCUCAGAGAAGGAGCUACAAUGGGUGAUCCGGAUUAGUGUGCUGUUUGUGGGCUUGGCUGGAACCGGCCUGACCUUUAAUAAGAGCAGCAUCCUAGUUCUCUGGCUGCUUGCUGCGGACCUACUCUAUUGUAUUGUGACUCCGCAGCUGUUCUGCGUGGUACACCUUCGCUGUGCCAAUUGCUACGGUGCCAUCGGCGGCUACGUGGUAGCGCUGCUUCUCCGUGUGCUGAGCGGUGAGCCGGAACUCGGCAUUUCGCCCGUCUUGCUCUACCCGGGCUGGAGGGAGAAAGAUGGCGUCAUCAUGCAGUACUUUCCCUUCAGGACUCUAAUAGCGAUCAUAUCUCUGGCGUCUAUUGUUCUCAUGUCCUGGGUGGUCCACCUAGGCUUCACUCGCCAGAUCAUUCCUCGGUCUUUGGAUGUGUUGGAUGCAUUUGAAGAGAUUAUGGAGUCAGAAGAAGAAGAAGAAGAGGAGGAGAGACCAAUUCAAAUUUUCAAUGAGGAAAAGAAGUAUGUUUUUAAUACAGCUUUAUAG